CGGAAGUGUAUUUUAAUUAGGCACGCGCUGAUAUCACGAGCACGGAAACGGUGUUUAUAUUCCGGUAUAUUCAUGUCUUGUACUAGAGUAAUCUUUAAACUGUCUAAAGUCUUGUAACGUCAACGAAAACAAAGACACUAACUUGGCCUGAAGGAUGGCUCAGAAGGGUGGAGUGCCAUUCCUUCUCUCUGUCUUCAUGUUUCUCGCCACGCUAUCAUCUCUGUGUGACUGUCACCCUCACUCUACUUGGUCCAUGAGUUCAAUGGCCGCAGCCAGAAUUGUAUCCAAUCAUACUGCAAGGAAAGUCUCAGACAUAGCAGCAGAAAUCGCAGGCUAUACUGAUGUGGCCAAACAGAUUAUUGACCUGGCUGUGUUCGGAGCUGCCCAGAACCGCUCUUACAGACGGCUGGCCAACUUCACCGACACCAUAGGGAACCGUGUCAGUGGCUCACACAACCUGGAGAUGGCUAUCAAAUACAUGUACAAUGCUAUGACACAGGAUGGGUUGGAUGUACAUCUAGAGCCAGUCAAAAUCCCACACUGGGUGAGAGGGAAAGAGAGUGCAGAAAUGAUUGUGCCCAGGGCCAAAAGUCUGGCUAUACUGGGACUGGGUAGCAGUGUAGGGACACCACCUGAAGGUAUUGAGGCAGAGGUGUUGGUGGUUCAGUCUUUUGAGGAACUGAAGCAUAGAGCCAGCGAGGCCAUAGGGAGGAUUGUGGUCUUUAACCAACCGUUCGUCAGCUACGGGGUGACGGUGGCUUACCGUGCUUAUGGUGCCUCUGAGGCAGCCAAAGUGGGAGCUGUGGCCACACUCAUUCGAACUAUCACGCCAUUCUCUAUUAACAGUCCCCACACAGGUUGGCAGGACUACCAAGAUGGAGUGAAGCGCAUCCCUACAGCCUGUAUCACGGUGGAGGAUGCUGAGCUGAUGUGGCGUAUGGCACAGAGGGGGCAGAGGAUCGUGGUCAGACUCACAAUGGGAGCCAAGACUCUUCCGGAUGCUGACUCCUUCAACACAGUGGUUGAGAUAACAGGCUGGCAACACCCUGAACAGGUCGUUUUACUGAGCGGCCAUUUGGACAGUUGGGAUGUGGGCCAAGGUGCCAUGGAUGAUGGAGGUGGAGCCAUAAUUUCCUGGGAGGCACUGUCACUCAUCAAGGACAUAGGUUUACGUCCAAGGAGAACCCUGCGAACAGUGCUGUGGACAGCUGAAGAGCAGGGUGGAGUCGGAGCGCAGCAGUACUAUAAUCUACACAAGGUGAACGUGUCCAACUUCGACCUGGUCAUGGAGUCUGACUUGGGGACAUUUACCCCGUUGGCUCUGCAGUUUACUGGCAGCGAUGCAGCACGAAAGGUGAUGGAAGAAGUGGUCAAACUGUUGGCUCCCAUUAAUACAACCAAACUGGAGACACACGGCGAAGGGACAGACAUCUCACCGUGGAUGCAGGCAGGCGUACCAGGUGCUAGCCUCCACGUGGCAGACAGUCGAUACUUUUGGUUCCACCACAGUGAAGGCGAUACCAUGACCGUUCAGGACCCUCGAGACAUGGACCUGUGCUCAGCAUUGUGGGCAGUGGUUGCCUAUGUUGUGGCAGACCUACAGGACAUGUUGCCCAGGUAGCCAGUUAGCACACAGGAUGCGGAGCCUCCAGUCAACAGGAAGACAGGAUGAUCCACUGUGAACGACGGCUGGACCGGUUAAUUGAAUGGAUCGAGUUAAGAAAGUUUUGUUUACAGACUGAAUGUGAAUUGUCCUUGGAUAAACAAGUGAAUCUGAGAGGAUAAAAAAAUAGAUUUGAGUUACUCCUAUAUUUAUUAACCACUAGCAGUUGCACGAUAUCAGCACAAGUGUUUUUAGUUGAAUAAUAGUAAAUUGAAGCAUAAACAGAUUUUACCAUAAAAUUAAAGCAUUAGUAAUCCCAAAAAUCAUUUUGUUAUAAAGAGAUUUACAUAAUGUUGUAGCUCAGGGCUAUGUCAUGAUUAUCUUGAAUGUAAAACAAGCUAGAGUCCAGUCAGGACGUCAAAAUAGGGCAUGUAAAGGUUCUAUUGAAACAGCAACAUAAUAGAGGCGUAUAUGAUCAUACUACAUAGUGAUUUUAAUGAUUUAUAGCAGAGAACAAAGUAUUAUGCUAAGAAUGAGGAAGAAAUACCAUAAUUUUCCGAGUAAAAAGCUGAUUUUAAAAUGCUGGUUUACUGACAAGACCAAGAAAAAUGGGAAUAGUAAGUUACUGUACUUAACUUAAUGCCUCGAUAUAAUGUGCUGCACAAAGGAUGACAAAAGUUUGUUUUUUUUAGGUCUGUGAAACUGUAGAAAUUAAAGUAUUAGAAAGUCUGGAGAAUUACCUCCACACUGUAAAUUACUUGCCUGAGAGAAUGAUUCUUGUAAUGUUGGCCUGUAGUCAAACAAGCAACAACAAUGAGCACAUAAAAAAAAGUGUUGAGAAAUUGUGGAGCUGUCCAAAUUCCUGUGUUCAAAGAGGACAACCUCAUUUUUAAGUAUAUUUUUAUAUGUUUUUAAUGUUUUUAGAUUGUUGUGGUAGACCUUUGAUGUAUUAUAAUGCCUGCCUACAUUCUGCUUAACUGUGGCCACAUUUACAGGAUGUUCUGUAAGAUUUUACACAAAAAUCAUUGCAGUGUUAUAAUAAUGUGUUAAAAUAUUAAUCAUUGCUUUCCGACCUUUACUCCCAUCUGUUCUUCUGCUAAUAAUACUUGGAAUUUCUGUGACAGAAGAGGAAGAUGAGAGAUGCCGAUAGAUGAGACAUCUAGUCCAUAGAAAGAAAGAGGAAUGGAGAAGCAGGAGAUUAUACAGAGGAGGAGAGGAAGUAAAGAGAAUUAAUCAUUUUGCAGGCGCCAUGCAGACCAACACGGCAGAUACAAAACACACACACACAGCUGGGAUCUCUAUACCCCGUGAACUGAUAAGUCAGCACUCCUGACGGGUGAUGUCAGGGUUAGUCAGCCAGCUAAUGCAGAUAUAGUCAUUUUGGAAACACAGAUGUGUGUGAGUAGGUGCGUCUGUGUUGACACUACCUAAAAGUUACACUUUUAGCCAGUGUCAAUUGAGCGCUUCCUCAUGUGCCAGUAACAUUGGUUCACACACAGACAGUUGUGCUAGUGAAGAUACACACAGUCUGUGGAUGUUAAACACUCAAUGAGUCACACAUAAGCACUGCUGACAUGAUCUGUAGAAAACUACAUGCAUGCAUCAACAUUAGACAGACAUCUGUCAGACGGGACUGUUUGAAAUUACAUUUAAAUUCUAUUAAAAUGAGGUUUCUUUUAGCACUAGAUCUCCUGAAUGACAUUUUAGAUUAACUGAACUGAAACUGCAGGCACACUAUCGUUUCUGUUAUCUAGAGAUUGUGCAACUAAGUGAAAUGUUGCAUUAGAAACUUUUAACAAAAAAACUCACAUAUGCAUUUGUACAUGAAAGCUGCAACAUACUACCUGCUCAGCCCAGAGCGCACAUAUGAGAAUAGCAUAGCCCCCCCCCACAAGUUGAAUAUGUAACUAAGAAUUAUUUUCAUUAUUGAUUAAUCCACUGAUUAUUUUCUGUAUUAAUUGUUUAGUCUACAGAAUGUUGGCAAAUAGAAAAAUGCCCAUUUCGAGUUCCCAGAGUCCAUGGUAACUCUGUGUUACAAAUAAUUGUCAGUUGAAUGCAGUACACGACAAACAAGCAGCUGGAUGUCAGCCAGUACAUACUAUAUUAUCCAGUCAGUGUGUGGAACUCAUACUGAAUUCAUUAGCAUAGGUCACCACCUUGUGGACAACCUCCAGCGCAGCACCUAAUAAUUUCCUGUGUGUAUUUCCAUUUUCCCGUUGGAAAUGAAAAAGGUGCUAACCUUUUAUUACCAACAUGUAGCAUUUGUUUUUUUUUUCCAGACAAAAUAAAAGCUGAAAUAAC